CUCUCCCCAUAUGGGGAGAGGAUUACCCUCCCUCCUUUCAAAUAAUAUAUAUAUAUAUAUAUAUAUAUAUAUUUUAAUUUCUUCCUGCUGAACAAGCUGAACAAGAAACGUGUCCACAGGCCUUACCUGCUAAGACGCUUCACCUCUCUCUCUUCCCCUCUCCAUCCUUUGUAUUCAUUGCCUCCUUGUCCCUGCAAAUCGGAAGUUAGAGAAGAUAAAAAUCUCUUUUUUCUUUUUUCUGUAAGGAGAAGAUAAAAGUUGCCGCUGCAAUUGGCAUAAUCGGCGCUGGAAAACCGUCUUCACAUUCUGGAACCCACAUGGUUCUCUGUACACGUUUUGAAUCCCUGAGCAGCAACUGCUCCGGCACCUGAUUUUGCCAUGGAAGCUAGUAGUGAAAGUAAAUCAGAGAUGAGCAACGGAGAGGAAACAAAUAUCGAAGAAAGUAUUGAACAAAUUGCUAAAGAAAAGAGGAUUGAUGGUAUCAAUGAUGCACUUGUUUCAGCAGAAGCUCAAGAUUUAGAAUAUGAGAUUCCAACAGUUGGCAAGGAGUUUGUCUCUGAUGAACAAGCUUAUGAUUUUUAUAAAUCAUAUGCGCGGAUAAUUGGUUUUAGUAUCCGAAGAGGCCGAUCAGGAAAAACGCAAAAAGGUGUUGUAUGGCGAAGAAUAUUUGAAUGCUCAAAAGAAGGUUAUCGAAGAGUGGAUAAAAGGACUCUCAAUCUUAGAAAGAGUCGUCCAGAUAGAAGAACUGGUUGUAAAGCAAGAAUGGUGGUAAAACGUAUGAAGGAUGGGAAAUGGUCGGUUACAGAAAUUGCAUAUGAGCACAAUCAUCCUCUUGCAACUGAAACGGAAGCUUUUUUGCUUAGGUCACUGAGGGUUAUAAAACCUACACAGGUUGGGAUUGUAAAUGACAGCGAUGAUUGUGUUAUUCAAGAGAAGGCAAGCACAAGUUCCCAUUGCAAUGAUAUGUGCCACCAAAGUGUUAGCUUUGCAACACCGGUUGCCAAUAGUGAGAAAGCUACCUUGCCUGUGAAAACCUUAUUGAGAGAGAGGACGGAAGAUGUCAAUGAUGCAUUUGUUUCCAGAGAUGCUCAAGAUGUAGAAUAUGAGAUUCCAUCAGUCGGCAAGGAGUUUGUCUCUGAUGAACAAGCUUAUGAUUUUUAUAAUUCAUAUGCUCGAAAAAUUGGUUUUAGUGUCCGCAGAGGCCGGUCAGGAAAAACACAAAAGGGUGUUGUAUGGCGAAGAAUAUUUGAAUGCUCGAAAGAAGGUUAUCGAAGAGUGGAUAAAAGGACUCUCAGUCAGGGAAAGAGUCGUCCAGAUAGAAGAACUGGUUGUAAAGCAAGAAUGGUGAUAAAACGUAUGAAGGAUGGGAAAUGGUCGGUUACUGAAAUUGCAUAUGAGCACAAUCAUCCUCUUGCAACUGAAAUGGAAGCUUUUUCGCUUAGGUCACAGAGGGUUGUAAAGCCUACACAGAUUGGGAUUGUAAAUGACAAUGAUGGUUGUGUUAUUCAAGAGAAGGCAAGCACUAGUUCCCAUUGCAGUGAUAUGUGCCGCCAAACUGUUAGCCUUGCAACACCGGUUGCCAAUAGUGAGAACUCUACCUUGUCCGUGAAAACCUUAUUGAGAGAGAGAACGGAUGAUAUCUGUGAUGCAUUUGUUUCAGGAGAAGCUCAAGAUUUAGAAUGUGAGAUUCCAUCAGUUGGCAAGGAGUUUGUCUCUGACGAACAAGCUUAUGAUUUUUAUAAUUCAUAUGCUCGAAAAAUUGGUUUUAGCAUCCGAAGAGGCCGGUCAGGAAAAACACAAAAAGGUGUUGUAUGGCGAAGAAUAUUUGAAUGCUCAAAAGAAGGUCAUCGCAGAGUGGAUAAAAGGACUCUCAACCUGAGAAAGAGUCGCCCAGAUAGAAGAACUGGUUGUAAAGCAAGAAUGGUGGUAAAACGCAUGAGGAAUGGGAAAUGGUCGGUCACUGAAAUUUCAUAUGAGCACAAUCAUCCUCUUGCAACUGAAACUGAAGCUCUUUUGCUUAGGUCACAAAGGGUUGUUAAACCUACACUGGUUGGGAUUGUAAAUGACAAUGAUGGUUGUGUUAUUCAAGAGAAGGCAAGCACUGGUUCCCGUUAUAGUGAUAUGUGCCAGCAAAGUGCUACCCUUGCAACACGGGCUGCCAAUAGUGAGAAGGCUACCUUGUUUGUGAAAACCUUACUGAGAGAUGGACAAGAAAAAGUGGAAGAAAUUUUAAAAGAAGAAGCACAACUAAAACCUAAAACAAGUGCUUUAAUCUGCGGUGAUCCAAUGUCCCAACGAGUCUACAGAAUUCAAGCAAAAGAUGAUGGUGGACUAGGUGGCAAAAUAAUAAGCAUUCUAGAGAAGAAAAGGAAAAUGAAGUCUCAAAGCUCAAAUAGCACUCAAGCUAAAAAGGGGAAACAAGGACAAAAUAACCAGAAUUUGGAAGGGAACAAACAAGCAUUUACCCAAGCACAAAGUCAAUUGAAUUUGAUGUCGUGCCCAUUACCUUGUAGUGGUCCUAUACAAUUUCAGCAUUCCUUCUCACCUCUUGUUUCUCACCAUAUCACUAAUUUUCAAGAAAUGUCCAAGGACUUGAGGGCAGCUACAUGUGGAGGUCUUUAAGCAUCAGGGCAAACAUUUAUGUUGUGGUGUUAAUUUGAAGAAUCCUGGAGUACCAUUUCUUUUGGAGAUCACCUGAAUUUCACCUAAAGUUCAUUGACAUACGGCAUAGGAUUCAUUUUGUUGUGAGAGACUUUCCAAUCCUUGUCUUUUUCAUUUUCCUCAUCCCCAUCCUCUGGCUUUUGAAGUUUGACCAACGUCUCUAUGACUUUCUACUCAUGCUGAAAUUUGACUGUUCUUAUUUCUAUCCUUGUAGAAUUGAAAGGUAGAACUUAGAAGGAAUAAAUUGCAAGAAUGGCUGA